AAGUAGAGCACCCGUGAAAAGGUGUGUUGUGCGAGGAUCUUUCCUACACACAACGGAUGUGCUAAAAGAGUAGUUUUUAAAAAACGUUUUUCCUAGUAUAAUUUGUCAUUUAACUGUGUUUUAAGUUCGGCUCGUUGUGCAAAUCGUAAAAAAGUAACCGGAUGAUCGCGUUCCCGUCGGGCAGCCCGGGGGAAGAUUGGAAAAAGUCGUCGGGGAUAUCUUUUCAGUUCGGAUUUUUUUUCUCUUCGGGAAAGGUGAAGGCACAGGGGUGAUUUGUUGGAAGCAAGAAAAAAGAAGCAAGAGACACACACAGAAGAGAGGGAAGAAAAGUCCAAGGGAAAAGAACUCCUGGUGAUACAGGCUGUUGGUGAGAGAGAGACUCUGCCAUUGGUAGUGUGGUGAAGCGACCAGUCACGAAAUAGGAUCAGGAGCAACGCCAACACCAUUUUUCCAAGGAUGACGGAUUAAGAGUGGGUCAGUUUAGAAAACAGCAAAACCAGCGAAAAAAGCAGGCAAGUGAUACCAUGGAUGAUGAAGCCGUCACGAGUCAUCCGCACUUGGCCGGAGUAGCGUGAGUCUCGACCAGCACCGGCGGAUCCGCGGAGGCAGAGCACCACAACAUCAUCAGCAUCACAUUGCAUCGCAAAACAAAAUGGCGGGUGGUGAGCAUUCGUUUGGAAGAAAGACAUUUCACAAGCCAACCUAUUGCCAUCACUGCUCGGAUCUGCUGUGGGGACUAAUCGGACAAGGAUACAUCUGUGAAGUGUGCAACUUUAUCGUGCACGAAAAGUGCGUGACGAAUGUAGUAACACCAUGCCUGGGCGUCGCACCGUAUCUCAUCCGAAACCCGGUCGCACACUGCUGGUCCGAGCCGUCGCAUCAUAAACGGAAGUUCUGCUCGGUCUGCCGCAAACGAUUGGAUGAAACCACCGCCGUUCACUGUCUAAUUUGCGAGUACUUUGCCCACGUCGAGUGUCAGGACUUUGCGAUUCCCGAUUGCAAGGAAAAUGCCACGUACGUGCCGGGAAAGGAAUUGGGUCACGUCAAACACCAGCACCACUGGCGUGAGGGCAACCUGCCGCAAUCAUCGAAGUGCGCGAACUGCAAGAAGGCAUGCUGGUCCUAUGAAUGCCUUACAGGUUACCGCUGUGAAUGGUGUGGUACAACGACGCACGGUGGCUGCCGGAACAACAUCCCAUCGGAGUGCACCUUCGGCACGCUACAGCCAAUCUACUUGCCACCGCAUGCUGUCUCCAUACCGCGAACUGAAGUGCCAAUGGAAGCAAUCAUCGGAGUGCAGAACAAGAACAAGGGAACACCGGGCAUGCAAAGGGAUUACUCUUGUCCGGAACUGUGGACCAUCGGACAGGACGAGUUCAGCGAAAACGGCGACCACAAGGAAGACGACAGCCCACACAAGCUGCCGGUGUUCACCUUCUUCGACGACGGUGACGGCGAAGACAGCGAGUCCGGCCAGGGCCGGUUCCCAAGCGACAACGAUCUGCUCCUGCGUCAUGGCGCCACCGACGACUACGGUAGCAUAUUCCGGAGCAGGGAGAAAGAGCACUUCAAACCGGCUCCCAGCCGGAACCUGAUCCAUCCGGCCAUGCGACGAACCAAGCUCUCGGCAAAGGACACCAUCGUCAUGCGGAGCAAAUCCUUCCAGGACCAAAGCAAUAGCAUUCCAAUGCGGCUGAAAAUGCUGCCCUUCCUGCGGGCCAAAGACCGGCCGAAGCAUCAACUCCGACGAUCUCCGCUAUGCAGUGUAUCCUCCGGGUGUCCGUCGCCGAUGCUAUCGACGAUGAAAACCACCACCGGUUCGCCUGUGACGUCAGCAUCAACCUCGGCCACUGCAUCCGCGAUGACGAUCCCAAUCGAUGAAACCGUUGCUGGUGAUGGGGGUUGGCACGGGUCCAGCAAUGGCCAACAGGCGAAGUUGACCGGCAUUAACAAUUCGGUGGCAGAGGUACGCCGGAGGGACGGCGAACGGCGGGUUCUAUCCUACGGUGACGUCAGUAGUUUUGUGUUCAUCGAUGAGGACAUCGACGACGGUGGCGGUGUGAUGGAUCGACAGCGGAACGAGAUUGGUGCUCCACCUGAGCUUGAUUGCGAUGCCGACGACGACGACGACGACGAUGUCGUAGUGGUAGUGCUAGCUCCUUGCGAAACAAGUGCUAAAUUAAAUGCUCACAAUGAUGCUUCCGGGGCGGCAGCGCUGAUGGAGGCCAAGGGGACAGAUGCUGGAGGCGAUAAGGAAAAUCGACGAGGUCAUUUGCUGGGUAGAAUUUAUCGUCGGAUGCGCAAGUGCUCGAUGGGAUGGAGCAAAACGGGACGUCGAGUGCGUAGAGCUCGCAGCAUCUCAGAAGAAAUGUACUCAGAUCCCUCACGCUGCGACGACCAACCGAAGGCAGAGAGCAGUUCUGGCACUCACUCGAAACCCGAUUCUGCGCACAAGAGUGACAAAGAUAAAGAUAAGAAAGAUAAGGAAAAGGAGGAACGUGAUGAAGAAACAAUCAAAGUAUUUGACGGCAACUGUUCAUAUCGAAGAAAAAUAUUUAGAGCCAUCACCGUACCUAGAACAUGCUCGUUAGAACAAUUACUGACCACCGCCUUGAGGGCCUUUCAUAUAGCCAGGGAUUCAACUCUAUUUUUUCUUACUGACGUUUACGGUGAUGAAGUAAGAUUACAGGAUCCGACGCCGGUUCUGAACCUGCACCGAGUCGAGGGCAAACGACCGGCAAUCUAUUUGCGAUUUCGUGACCGCGAGAACGAUCACGGCUUCGUGAGGGUCUACCCCGGCAAGCUGCAGGUGGAGAACGCGUACGUCAACAUCCCGGUGGACAACGACUCGGCGGUGAAGGAUCUCAUCGGCGAGUCGUUGAAGAAAUUCGGCCUCCAAGGACACCAGAUCGAAGACUACCGCUGCUCGGAGAUACUGCUGGACCGGGGGGUCACCGAGCGGGUCCUGUCGUGGAACGAACGCCCGUGGGAGAUUAUGAAACAGCUCGGGAAGGACUCGAUCCGCCAGAUGGAGAUGAUGCGGUUCUACCUGCAGCUCAAACAGGACCCGCACGGACCGAACCUGGCCCUGUUUGUCGGCAAUCUACCUCCGGGCCUGUCGCAGCGGAACUACGAACACAUACUGACUGAAAUCCUUGGUUUCGAAAACAAGUUUAGUAGUAUCGGUCCGAUCUACUACGAGUACGGAUCGCUAGUGAUAACCUACGAGAACGCAUCCAAAGCUGUUCGUGCAUUCCAAGCCUUGCGGGAGUCCAAGUACGAGGAUAAGCAUCUGCUAGUGCUGCUGUUACCGAACAUUGAACCGAGCAUGGUUGCACAGGGAGUCCAACCGUUGCUGGUAUUCGUCAACGUCAAGUCCGGUGGAUGCCAAGGAUUAGAGCUUAUUAGUAGUUUUCGGAAAUUGUUAAAUCCAUAUCAAGUAUUUGAUCUGGAUAAUGGUGGACCACUGCCUGGACUGUAUGUAUUCAGACACAUUCAGGAUUACAAAAUUUUAGUUUGUGGAGGUGACGGCACAAUCGGAUGGGUACUGCAGUGCUUGGACAAUGUCGGUCAGGAUUCGGAAUGUUCUAGUCCACCGUGUGCGAUCGUCCCGCUUGGAACCGGCAACGAUUUGGCUCGGGUGCUGCGCUGGGGUGCCGGCUAUACCGGUGGCGAAGAUCCGCUGAACCUGCUGCGGGACGUCAUCGACGCCGAGGAGAUCCGGCUGGACCGCUGGACCGUGGUCUUCCAUCCCGAGGACAAGCCGGAAGACGCAGCACCGAGACCGUCGCAGGGCAACUCAGCGGGUAAGAAGAAGAAAAUACAACAACAAUCACAACAACAGAAUCAACACCAUCAUCCCGCGACGACGAUCAGCGCGAUCAGCCAAACGCAAGUCGUUGGAGCCACGCAGAGCGAAGACAACUCGCAGAUCUUCGUCAUGAACAACUACUUUGGCAUUGGGAUCGACGCCGAUCUGUGUCUCGACUUUCACAACGCCCGCGAGGAGAACCCGGACAAGUUCAACUCCCGGCUGCACAACAAGGGUGUAUACGUCAAGAUGGGCCUACGAAAGAUGGUCGGCCGCAAGACGGUCAAGGAACUGCACAAGGCGAUACGGCUCGAAGUCGACGGCAAGGUGGUGGACCUACCGCCCGUCGAGGGGAUCAUCAUACUGAACAUCUUGAGUUGGGGUUCUGGUGCUAAUCCGUGGGGACCGGAGAAGGAGGAUCAGUUCAGCAAACCGAACCACUGGGACGGAAUGCUGGAGGUCGUCGGUGUGACCGGAGUCGUCCAUCUCGGUCAGAUACAGUCCGGUUUGCGUUCAGCCAUGCGAAUAGCCCAGGGAGGCCACAUCAAGAUUCAUCUACACUCGGACAUACCGGUACAGGUCGAUGGGGAACCGUGGGUUCAGAGUCCCGGUGACGUGGUGGUUCUAAAAUCCGCUCUCAAGGCGACCAUGUUGAAAAAAAUGAAGGGCAAAAUGAAGCGACGAAACACCGAACCGACGAUGCAGGUGAUGGGCCCAUCGGGGAUACAGAUGACACUGGCCGCUCCCCAGGAGCCGGAGGAAGUCGACUCGAACAAUACCGACUUCUGAAUUUGGUAUAACGAGCGAUUAAUUUAACGUGCUUCGUCGUUUGUUGAUACUACCACUACCACAAUGGCAAUUAUCACUACAAAAGCAGCAGCGGCGGCCGACGCCGCAACAACCGCCACCACCAACACCACCACAGACAGCCAAUCAACCGAGGAUGCUUCGUAGGAAAUCAAAUCGGCGCUGCUCGCUAAAAUAAAUCACACACAUACACACACACACACACCCGCCAUCUUGGCAGCGGCAUGUCAAUCCAAAACAAAGCACGCGCUGCUGGCAACACUGACUGACGACGCCAUCAGCGCGCAGCACAUUUGUAAAAAGUCAAUCCCGCAAGCAAAACAAUCCACAAGUCGUAAAUACUCUAGAGAGGAAGGUAAACAAAAACAUAAACAUUUCACUUCAGCCCACCCCAGUGUACAUGUGGUAGCAACUUUUUUCGAGAAACUUAGUAGGGCCAUUUCUUCGAUGGAGCAAUAGUGCACACGCUCACUAAAAAAAACACACACACACAUGCGAACAAAAGCGAUCAUCUCUUUAUAAUGAGGCAAACAGCCCACCACACAUACACAUACACACAACACUCAAUUGUACAAUGUUAAAAUAGCGUCAGUAAACAAACAAACAAACAAACAAACAAACACAAAGUUACACCGUCUGACACACUAGAGAACCUUUGUGUAGCAGCAACCCUAGCAGCUCAGUGUGUGUGUAAAUGUAAAAGGUGAGGAAGCGCGACGACUCGUCCGCUCGUCACGACACCCCUCCAAAACUCCAAACAGGCAGGCAAAGGAAAGGCAAAGGAAAUUGUUAACCGAGCAUUAGCCAUAAACAAACAAACCAACCCCAUGGGAACAAUGAUUUUUGCCAAAAACAAAACAAAAAACCAAAACGAAACAUGAUGAAACCCGCAAAUCCCGAUCAUGUCUCAAACAACAGGUAAACAAACGCGCAAAGAACGUUAAAUUAAUGGCUCUUAGGUUAUUAACAAACGAACAAACAAAAAACUAGCAUGGAAGAGAACAAAACAAAAACAAACAAUGCAGCAGCAGAAGUAAAAACGAAGAAACUGAUCUGCGUUCAGUAUUGCAUUUGAAACAAGAGGGAAAGGGAAGCAGAGGGGAAAAAAACUAACAAUACACGAAGAUGCAUAUUUUUGAAGGUGAAAUUGUUGUUUUUUGACAGCUGCUGUCAGCUGAAGGUACUAUUGUUUAAACAAGCGAAAACAAAGCAACCAAAAUCGAAUUUAUUGUCUAUUUUUUUGCAUUUUUUUUUUCUUCCCGAAACGAACAUAAACAUUCUACCUACAAACACGAAGCGAAGAAAAAAAAAGGAAAACAUACACACACAAACAACAACAAAUACAAAUGCAAAUACAUUCGCAUGUAAAGCGCGGAGGUAAACAAAGCAAGUACAUGCACACUGUUUUUUAGAUCGAUUUAAUUUACGCGCAAAGAGAAAAAGUCUACCAAUGUGUGUGCGCAAAUUUCUUCUGGAGACAAACACAAAGAACAAAAACAAAUAUUUAUACGGAAAGUUGUUGACUAUAUUUACUAUGAAUUUUAUUUCUAUUCUUUUUCUAUACAAUGUUCGCGCGCGCAAGCGUCCGAGAGAAGAUCGGACGACAAACGGUGAAAUGAAGCAAAGAAUAAAAACAAGUCAUUAUAUUGAAAUCAACACACACUCACACACUGACACAAACAUACACGUAUUAAGCACGCGAGAAAGCGAACAGAAAAGCGAAUCUUGUUCAAGUGUAAACAAACAAAAACAUAAAUACGCUUAUGUAAGAAAGGAAACGGAGACGAAAAGGGUGAGAAAAAUCAAAGGAACUUUGAUCAAAGCACAUACAAACACACACACACACACAUACACAGUUAGAAGACGGUAUAUUUUGAAGCGUUUUACGAUGGAGUAAACGCCGACACAAGCCGUGAACGGUAAACCAAAACGAUAUAAUUUAACGUUUAGUUCUAUCUUUCUCCAGGUGUCCGAUUCGCAGUCGCAAAUACGGCGGGAGAAAGUACACAAAACAAAACACAAAACAAUGGUAAACCAAACGUGUUGAGUACGUUUAGCAAGUGGAAACACACACAAUUAAUAGCCGUAAAUUGUAAUUUAAACAAUUACGUUCUGUAUGGUAUUUUACCAAACUACAUUAAAAAAAAAACACUAUUAAAUACUAACAAAACAAACAAAAACACCCAAUCUUAGUCACGAAUACAAGGGAAAUUACACUUGCCAAAAAAAAAAAACAAACAAAAGUAAAUCGUAAGUAAGGAAAACAAAAAAACCGAAACAUCCCGAAUAUGACGAAUCACGAAACUCACGGAAACUUCAACCGCACUCACACUCACAUAAACACGCUCGCAGCAACAACAAAACCAACCAAAAACACUGAAAGCGCGGUCAGCGCUCAACCUCCACCAAAAAGCCAUAGGAAAAAAAAAAACAAACAAUCUGCAUCCGCAACAACAACAACAACAACAACAACAAAAAACAAAAACUCAUUACCUGACCUGAGUCGGAAGGACACGAAAACACAGUAGGCUGCGAAAGCGCUGCAACCGACACGUCCCACGCCCCCACAUGCACGGGCGCUCGCUGACAGUAGCAACCAGAGCAACCGGGGCUGAACGUUCGGGUUGCUCUGUGCUGUGCGAUCCGAACGCCCGCGAGUAUGGGUGCUGGCGAUCAAUCCACCUAGCAGCCGCAGCAGCCUCGAAUAACCGUUUCUUGGGAAUGUUUAGUUAACGCACGGAUUCGCAUACGGGAAACGGUAUGCGAAGGGGUCAACCGAGGUUUUUCAAAAGAAGAGACACAGACGAGACGAAAUUUCACCCCGAGAAAUUUGAAAUUUAACCGCAAGCGAGGAAUGAUUGGAUCACGUUAUCAAUAACAACAACAACAACAACAGCAACACAAAGAUGGGUGCGUUUUCUAGAAUGUUCUCAGCGUUAUUCAGUUGAGAAAGCGAGACGAAGAAGAAGAAGAAAAAAAAACAAACGAAAUGUAUGCUUAUACGAAGAAACUCCCUCCCGAAGGGUGAGUCUAAACGCGAUCAUUGUUACUUUCCAGAGGUGCGCGCCUUCGAGGGGUUAGUAGGCACACUCAUACAACACACGAACCCUUUCAUCUCUAGGUCGUCGCGAGUCUUUCCACGCGAUAAGUCGAAAUAAAUUCACACACACACACUCACACAAGCAGCAGAGCAAAGUCAUCCGGGUAGACAACCCUCGAGGCCAAUCCCAUAGGCAUCUAGACUCACCUUUCCAGCCACCUUGGUUCUAGGUAUGUCGUCGUCGACGACGACGGCCCUUAGUUUCACCUUGAUUGUUCGAACCUUGUUUUCCCGAUUCGUCGCGUUGCCUCCCACUGGUCCGGAAUAGAACGACCGCAAACGCGACGGGCACCAUACAACGUGACUCCUCGCUAUCCAGAAACCUGUAGGGGCUCAGUGUUACUAGCUUUGCAAUUCCGGAGGUUCAGAACCGAGUUGCGUCCCUCAAUAUUCCGGUUGCCGUGGGAACCGGCCGGCCAUGGCCAUGAUCGUCACUUUACGUCACAUUGGGUCGAUGACCUUGCGACACGCAUUUACCACCUAAAUAGUGCGGGAAACGCCUGCCGGUCGGUGACCACCUGGGUGACGGACGCAGACUCACUUUAAAUCUAGUAUCACAUACACUUUUCUGGAUAGUGACGCUAUCGUUUGUAGCAUAAAGUCAUUUACAUAUUUAUACACACAUAUACUCCUCUCCUCCCAGUGUAUCAGUUGGAAGCGAAAGUACGAGGUUCGUUAAGCCCUAGGUUAGUUCAGAACGAUUCCGUUCCGGUAUUCUAAGUUAGUAUAUAGCAUACAUGUUCGGUUUUCUAGGCAAAACCAAACGAACCAAUUCACUUAUGCUCUUCAGUUCAUUCGAAAGUCCCAUCAAAACAAAGAGACAAACAUACGACAACACCCACACAUACACACAUCCUCACACACACACUCACACGCAUACCUACACAAUAGUAAUAAUAGCGGAAAAAACUAUUAUUAUAAUUAUGAUGUAAUUAAAAAGGAAAGGUAAAGAAAAUAAACAAUGACCAUAAUAUAUUACAGUAUAUCUUUUAAAAGAAAAUAAAUUUAAAUAAAAAUCUCAAAAUAGAGUUGAUGUAGUGUCGAAAAAGCAUAUAAAUAUAACAGAUAUAAUUAAAAAUUUAAUUAAAACCAUAUUUUUUCGUAUGAAUAAUUAAAGAAAACCAAAAACAAAAGCAUUAGAACUCUUCUAAACGGUGUCGUGCUGAAAGAGAAACUAAUAUACCAACAAACAGAAUAGAGAGAGAAAAAAAAUGGCGUCCUGUCGAACCGCGCGUCGAUUUCCGCAAAUCGGUCAACCGACCCCGACAGACAACGAAGCGCCGCCAUCUACGAUCCAGAACGAACACGAACCGCGUCGUGCCAGUCGAUGCGAAACGUCAAACGGCCAGCGGUGACGUUCGCGCAUGCGCCGGAUCACAACCCGAAAGAGGAAGACGAAACAAACAAACAAACAAAAAAGCAAAAAAUUGCGCUCCCUCACUAUCAGUCCCACCUUAAACGAAAACAAAAAUCGGACUAUACUAAAUGAUCAAAACAAAACAAAACAAAAAACUGAACGAGGGAGACCGAAUUCUGACGGCAA